CGAGAGCGAAAGUAAAGAGAACACAGAACCGUCAGUCGAUCUCGCGAUACUUUGAUGUUAUGCACCUUGCACUUUACAUGUGACGUUUACACCUGAUCGUUUUUUUCUGAUCGAAAAACCUUUAAAACUAUUAACCUAAUCAUCAUUUUUAACGUUUAUGCGGGGACAUACAUGAAUAUAAAGAGAAAACAAAGACAUUUUGAGAAGUUGUCUAGAAACUGACCGUUUUGAUCAAAGCAAGUCUUCAGCUGUGGAGCAGAAAGACACUUCCUUAUUCAUUCGUGAGUUGGUGAAGGACGAUGGCGUCUGUUAAAAAGCUGCUCUUGGACCAACUGAUGGAGCUGGCAGAAGAUGAACUGAAGAAUUUUCAUUGGCAUUUAGUGAAUUUUUAUCAAAAGUGCAUAUCAAAGUCUGAAUUGGAAAAUGCAGAUAGAUGUGACACAGUAGAUAAGAUGGUGAUGUGUUUUGGACCAGAUGAAGCUGUGAAGGUCAUGGUAGACGUCCUGAGAAAGAUAAACCAAAAUGAUCUGGCUGAACAGUUGCAGAAUGAACACAAGCAAGCUCAGACUGAGGACAAUAUGAAGACAUCUGUCCCUGUUAGAGAGCUGCAAAAUGUCUUGAAGACUCACAAAAACAACAUGAAGAUGAAGGCAAAAUACAUUUUUGAGGGCAACAAAGAAACUGACACAGAUCUGAAAGCUGUUUACACAGAUCUGUUCAUCACAGAGGGAGAUAUAAAAGAUGUAAAUCAGGAACAUGAGAUUCUGAAGAUUGAUGAUGCUUUCAAGAGCAAAAAAACACAGGACAAACCAAUCAAAUGCAAUGAUAUAUUUACUGAACUAAGGAAAAACAAUGAGUUAAAGAUUGUGUUGACCAAAGGAGUCGCUGGCAUUGGAAAAACUGUGUCUGUGCACAAGUUCAUCCUGGACUGGGCCGAAGGAGAAUCUAAUCAGGAUAUAGACUGUGUGUUCCUGCUUCCAUUCAGAGAGAUCAACGUGAUUAAAGAGAGAGAGGUCAGUCUCCAUGAGUUUCUGCUGAAAUUUAAUCCUGAAUUGAAGGACCUGGAGAAAUCAAAGUUAUAUACAGAAUAUAAACUUGUGUUUAUUUUUGAUGGACUUGAUGAGAGUCGACUGCCUUUGAAUUUUGAAAGUGAUACAAUGAACACUGUUGAGGAAAGAUCAUCUGUAGAUGUGCUGUUUACAAGUCUGGUCAAAGGUAAACUGCUUCCAUCAGCUCUUGUCUGGGUCACAUCACGACCAGCAGCAGCCAAUCAGAUUCCUCCUCAGUAUGUAGGUUUGUUCACAGAGGUGCAAGGAUUCACUGACCUACAGAAGGAGGAGUACUUCAGAAAGAGAUUCACAGAUGAGAGUCUGUCCUCCAGAAUCAUCUCACACAUUAAGACGUCUCGUAGUCUCUACAUCAUGUGCCACAUUCCUGUGUUCUGCUGGAUCACAGCCACAGUACUUCAGGAUAUUCUCACUGAGAAUAAUGAAGAGAACAUCAGCACAACACUCACUGAAAUGUACAUUCACUUCCUGAGGAUACAGAUGAACAUGAAGAGUCAGAAGUAUGAUGAACAACAAGAAGGAGAAUGUUCAGAGCAUUUACUUUUAAAUAGAAAGAUGAUUCUGAAGUUAGCCAAGUUAGCGCUUGAACAGCUGAAGCAGGAAAACAUUGUGUUCUAUGAGAAAGAUCUGAAAGCAUGUGGUAUUGAUGUGAGUAAAGAUGCUGAGUUCACAGGAAUGAUCGCUGAGAUCUUUAAGAGGGAAGUUGGACUUUAUAAGACAAAGGUCUUCUGCUUUGUGCAUCUGAGCAUUCAAGAGUUCCUCGCUGCAGUGCAUGUGUUCACCUGUUACCUGAAAAAAAACAAGCAAGAGCUUAAGUUUUUCUUUGAGAAUUCACAAACUACAGUCAUACAAAAUCUUACAUUUCCUUUUAGAAAGGUCAAAUGGCGUGACUUAACAGAGAGAGCCAUUGAAAAAGCAAUGCAAAGUAAGAGAGGGCAUCUGGACCUGUUCCUGCGGUUUCUGAUGGGCAUUUCACUGGAAUCCAGUCAAAAUCUGCUCAAAGGCCUGAUCACACACACUGAAGACACCACAGAGAGCAUCAGAAAUCUAAGUGCCUACAUUAAAGAAUUACAACAACAGGACAUCUCAGAUGAAGCUUCAGUCAACCUGUUCUACUGCUUACUUGAACUGAAAGAUCAUUCAUUAUAUGAGGAAAUCCAGAUACUGCUGAUGUCAGAGAAAGUGCUGGAUGAGUUCAACCCAAAGAGGUUCACAUCAGAACAUUCAGACUACAAGAGACUCAUUCCAGCUGUGAGAUGCUGUAGAAAAGCUCUAUUUGAAAGCUGUGGUUUUGAUGAAACAUGCUGUGAAACUCUGUCUUCUGCUCUACAAACAUCAAACCAUCUGACAGAGCUGAACCUGAGUAACAAUGAUCUGCAGGAUUCAGGAGUGAAGCUGCUUUCUGAUGGACUGAAGAGUUCACACUGUCGUUUAAACAUACUGAGGCUGUGUGGGUGUCAUCUCACUGCUCUGUCCUGUGAAAGUUUAUCUUCAACUUUACAAUCCUCAAACUCUGUCCUGAGAGAGCUGCACCUGAGUAACAAUGACCUGCAGGAUUCAGGAGUGAAGCUUCUUUCUGAUGGACUCAAUAGUCCAGUCUCUAAACUGGAGAUACUAAGAUUUUCCACAUGUAAUCUCACUGCACAGUCUUGUGGGAGUUUGUCUUCAACUUUACAAUCCUCAAACUCUGUCCUGAAAGAGCUGGACCUGAGUAACAAUGAUCUGCAGGAUUCAGGAGUGAAGCUUCUUUCUGAUGGACUCAAUAGUCCAGUCUCUAAACUGGAGAUACUAAGAUUUUCCACAUGUAAUCUCACUGCACAGUCUUGUGGGAGUUUGUCUUCAACUUUACAAUCCUCAAACUCUGUCCUGAAAGAGCUGGACCUGAGUAACAAUGAUCUGCAGGAUUCAGGAGUGAAGCUUCUUUCUGAAGGACUGAAGAGUCCAAACUCUAGACUGAAGAUACUGAGGUUGUCUGGCUGCAUGGUGACAGAGGAAGGCUGUGGUUAUGUGUCUUCAGCUCUGACUUCAAACCCCUCACACCUGAGAGAGCUGGAUCUGAGCUACAAUCAUCCGGGAGAUUCAGGAGUGAAGCUGCUCUCUGAAAAACUGGAGGAUCCAAACUGCUCACUAAAUAAACUCAAGUAUGUUAUGCAGGAGAGGUUUUUGGGGUUUAUUGUUUAACCCUUAUGGAGUUUGGGUCCACUUCUGACCAGAGAAUAUUUUUUAAAUUAUAGCUUCACCCGAAUGGUACACUGUAAAAAAAAAAAAUCUGUAAAAAAACCGUAAAAAGACUGGCAGCAGGACUUCCAGAGAUAUUCCGUUAAAUUACAGAAAAUAACCAUUUCACAAAAUUACAAGCAAAAACUGUGAAAAUACAGAAUUGAAUUUACAGUCAAAAUUAAUUAAAUUACAGUAUAUUACCAUUGAUAAUAUGUUUUUAGACUAUUA